AUUCGAAAAUAGUUUAUGAAAGACACGUCAAAGUCAAAAAAGAAAGUUUUAUUUUAUAAAGAAAGAUAAUUAUUUUAUUGAUCAAACAAGAGGUUAUUCUCAAUUGGAGUGUGUUGGUGAUUCGGGGAACAUUUAAAGUGCAAAAAUGUCGCAAGAAUCUGUUGAUUCUAGUGAUGAUGAUGAUGGUGGGUCUGGUUCAACUCUUGAGAGGGGAUCUCUUGAAUCUCUUAGAAAAACUCCCAUGUUUUUUUGUCGACCACCAGAGAGGUUUAAAAGAAAGGCAAAUAUAAUACCAUUUCAUGUCCCGCAUAAAAAGCUUUUGGAAAAGCUCGAGAAAAAAGUUGAGCUUCCCGAACCUUUGACUGGUUUUAGAGCUCAUCAACAAAAAAUUUUGGAUCAACGCGCUGGAAUUAAUCUCGUCGAUGGCGAUUUACCGUCCGCGGGUUCCAGAACCCCAAGUGAUGCGUCAAUUUCGAAACAGAAAGCGCAAACUAUAUCGUUAAGAAAGAAACCUAAAAAAGAUCAACAAUUAAAAUUUCGAGAUACUGGCGUUCGGCCUGUUGUCAACCUUGAAAGUCAUAUGUCAAUUGGAGGUGGGGGGGCAGCGGGAGACAUAGUUUUACCCCAUUUUAGAUUGAAAAACGUCGUUUUACAAACUAGUUUAAUUCAGAAAUUGCGUUCUGGAGAAAUUCCCGGCUUUGUUUAUUUAAUUUAUGCCGUUCCAAGAUCUUCGGAACAUUACACACCAUACGCUUUAACUAUGGUUCCUUAUGAAAACAUUGAUCAAAAUUUAUUUUUAACAAUGAGCGCUCAAGGUGUUUUACAACAUCACGGUCUAGAACAAGUUUUUACGCCGCUAGAAAAAUGGGAGGCCGAAUACAACCUUUAUUGCCGUUUGAUGAGGAUAAAUACGUUUUUUAAUUUCCGGAUUUGGAAGGCUUUCUACGUUUGGCACAAAACGAUCAUUUUCAAUAAAAUCGCUAGGGCCAAAAAAAAUCUAUCCAACAACCUGUUCAUUUUAAAUCCUUUAUUGGGACCGGCGCUAUUAAACAUAAGGAAUAUGUGCGAAAAAAUGGCAGAUUUUACUUUUGCCGACGUUAGCAACAUUGAAAAUUGGGAAUUAUUUUAUUUUAUCGAAGCGCAAAUGGGAAAACUUGAAGAAAUAAUAGCUGAAUUAGUAAAUUAUAGAAACGUUACCAAAGAAAUUAUUUAUAACGCUUGUUUAGGUGCUUUAUUGGGACGUGGAUUUAUUGUCGAUGAAACCAUUGAACUUGAAACUGAAAAAUCGAAAUCUAAAAAAGGAAAAGCACCAAAAGCUUCUUUUAUCGAACAAUCGGAAAAGAAAAACUUUUGUAUACGAUUAACUUAUUUUAUAACGCUUACUGAUUAUUUAACAUUAAAUAUGAUGCACGGAAUCGUUUCAAAUUCCGCAACGGGAUGGUUAAAGACGCUUGAAACUCAUUUAAAAUAUUUACCGUCAGUUGAAUCGAUACAAGGCACUCCGUUAGAUAAACAGAUUAUGAUUCCAAGAUCCGAAGAUGAUCCUCAGUUACCUUUAUUGAGAAUACGAGUCAUCAUAAACGAAACGUUUAUCAGUUUAGAUCCAACCCACGAUGUGACAGCAAACAUUUUUAAUCAAGUUUGGGAUUUAUGGGAAUCUCAAACUUUAAAAAUUAAAUCUUUUUUGGGCGAUAAACUUUAUAAUUCAUUUACAUGUCCAAUUAUAAAUGGAAAAGUUGAAGACAGACUUUGUGGAUUCGGCCCCCCUUUGUUUUUCUAUUUAAGCGACGAUCAACAUUUAAAAGCGGUUAAAAAGACGAUUUUCGAUCACAUCCGAUUAAAUUACGACGUCGCGGACGUUUUUGUAAAACGUUUGGAAUAUAUAAGAGAAUUUUUUGCGGCCGAUAAAAACACUCCGCCGUCUAUAAUUGAAGAUGAAAUCCGUUUGGAGGUUUUUCGUGAAUUGUGCAUACGAUUUCAUGAAGAAAUCAAUAUCAUUAAUAGUACGGUCGAUAAACAACCAUUGGGAAUACAUUAUUUACAAUUGGAAGAUUUUAAAACGCAAUCUUUACCGGAAUCGACGCGGUUAUUAAAUAUUUUAGAAAACGUUUUACCCAGAAUCGGGAGAGAUAACGUUAAUAGAUUAGCGGACGAAGUUGAGUAUUCGGCGAAAUAUUUAGAAAGAACAAACACAGAAACGUUACAAUUUGUCGAAUAUUUCCGCUUUUUGGAAAAAUGUACCGAGCGAAUCGAUGUUAUGGAAAGCGAUUUGGAAUAUUGUAAAGAACUUUACGAUAUGACUGAAGAAUACUCGAUUCCAGUUCCGGGUGAUGAUAUGUCGAAGUAUUUAGGGAUUAGCGUCGAUAUGGGCAGUUUGCGGAGUUUGAUUGAUAGGAAAUUAGAAGAGAGGCCGAAAGCCAUCAAACAAUUCACCGAUUUAAUGAACAAAGAUAUUAGCGCAUUAAUUUCGGACGUUGGUUGCAUCAAAGAUGAAUGUCUCCAACCUUGGCUUUACGACAUCGAAUCGAAUCCCGAAGAAGUUAACGGCUUUUUAGGAAUAUUAUAUGAACGGUUACUCGAAUGUGUUCGAAGAGCCAAAGAGUACAAAGAAUUUCAAAAAGAACUUAAGCUUGAAGUAUCUCGUUUUGAUAUAUUAGAUGAAGUGAUGAACGAUGUUAAAUUGAGAAUGUUACUUUGGGAAAGUGUUGAUUCUUGGGCUAAAACGAUCCAAGAAUGGUACGAAACCGAAUUUACAAAUUUAGUCCCCGACGAUAUGAACUUAUUCAUCGCAAAAAAUAUGAAAAGUAUUAAUCAAUUAGAAAAGGGUCUCCCCAAAAAUUUAAUUGUCCCAAAAUUAAAAGAGGACGUUGAAAAGAUGAGGGAUAAAAUGCCGGUUGUUACGUAUCUAAGAAAUCCUUCGUUAAAAACGCGGCAUUGGAUGAAAAUCGAAAAUGUACUUAACCACAAAUUUAAAGCGGAUGAAGUUAUAACUUUGGAAUUGCUUGAGUCUUUGGGUUGUUUUGGUUACCCGGAUGAAUUGAUGGAAAUAUCUGGUAUGGCCAGUAGUGAGGCUUCUUUAGAAAUACUUUUAAAGAAAGUCGAAGAAAAUUGGGAGUCGUUAGAAUUCACUGUCGUUCCGCACAAAGAUACUAAAGACGUUUUUAUUAUGGGAUCAACCGAAGAAGUCCAAGCCGUUUUAGACGACUCCAACAUAAACAUAACAACAAUCUCCAGUUCGAGACACGUCGGCCCAAUCAAACCGCGAGUUGACGAAUGGAUAAAACAACUAGAUUUAUUCACAAAGUGUUUAGAGGAAUGGUCAAACUGCCAACAAAGUUGGGUUUACUUAGAAGUAAUUUUCUCCGCCCCAGACAUCCAAAGACAACUCCCUACCGAAGCAAAAAUGUUUUUGGUAGUCGAUAAAUCCUGGAAAGAAUUAAUGAGAAAAACUGCAAAAAUGCCCUUGGCUAUGCCAGCCGCUACAGCACCCGGAGUUUACGAACAACUCCAAAAAAACAACUCCCUUUUAGAGCAAAUCAUGAAAUGCCUAGAAUCUUAUUUAGAAACAAAACGAGUCGCUUUCCCCCGAUUUUAUUUCUUAUCAAACGACGAAUUACUCGAUAUUUUAGCGCAAACGAGAAAUCCCCACGCCGUUCAACCCCAUUUAAGAAAAUGUUUCGAUGCCAUUGCGAAAUUAGAAUUUGGCACCAGAAAAAUAACCGAAGAAGAAGGAGAAGAAGAAGGUGGUGGGGCCCCAGUUGCUGCUGGUUCCGGCGGAGAAAAAGUUGUUUUAACCACGGAUAUAAUUGCGAUGCUUAGCCCCGAAGGCGAACGAGUUCCAUUAACGAAAGGAUUAAAAGCGCGCGGAAACGUUGAAGAUUGGCUCGGAAAAGUUGAAGAAGGAAUGUUUACCUCGUUAAGGAAAAUUAUGAAAGCCUCAAUCGGCGAUUACAUACACUCACUUCGUAAAGAUUGGGUCCUAAGACAUCCGAAUCAAAUUAUUUUAACAGUCUCGCAAAUUAUGUGGGCUAAAGACGUUCACGGUGUUUUAGAUAAAGAGGGAACCGAUAAAGACGUGGAAUUAAAAAAGUUUGAGACAAAAUGUAUCGGCGAUUUAAACGAUUUAGCCGCGUUAGUUCGACAAGAUUUAAGUUCGGUAACAAGGAAAAUUUUAAUUGCUUUAAUCACCGUUGAUGUUCACGCAAGAGAUACAAUCGCAAAUUUAAUCCAUCACAAAUCCUAUUCGAGCGGAAACUUUGAGUGGUUAAAAAUGUUGCGGUAUUAUUGGGUAGAUUCAAGUGAUCGUUGCGUAACAAGAAUGUCAAGUACUUCAUAUCUUUACGGUUACGAAUAUUUAGGAGCCGGUGGUGUUUUAGUUAUCACCCCAUUAACCGAUAAAUGUUAUCUUUGUUUAAUGGGGGCGCUUCAAUUAGAUUUAGGCGGCGCCCCAGCCGGACCAGCUGGAACCGGAAAAACCGAAACCACAAAAGAUUUAGCCAAAUCAAACGCCGUACAAUGCGUAGUUUUUAAUUGCUCGGAAGGUUUAGAUUAUAAAAUGAUGGGAAGAUUCUUCUCAGGUUUGGCCCAAUCGGGAGCUUGGUGUUGUUUCGAUGAAUUUAAUAGAAUCGAUAUUGAGGUGUUAUCGGUCAUCGCCCAACAAUUAAUUACGAUUAGAAAUGCAAAGCUUAUUAGAGCCGCGAGAUUUAUGUUUGAAGGUAGAGAAAUUAAGCUUGUUCAAACUUGCGCUGCUUUUAUUACGAUGAAUCCUGGUUAUGCCGGAAGAACCGAACUUCCCGAUAAUUUGAAAGCUUUGUUUAGACCUGUUUCGAUGAUGGUUCCUGAUUAUGGUUUAAUAGCUGAAGUUAUUUUGUAUUCGGAAGGAUUUGAAUCCUCAAAAGUACUUGCGUUUAAGAUGGUACAAAUGUAUAAACUUUGUAGCGAACAAUUAUCGCAACAAGAUCACUACGAUUUCGGAAUGCGUGCUGUUAAAAGUGUUUUGGUGAUGGCCGGUUCUUUGAAAAGGGCAAGACCCGAUCGAAAUGAGGAUGUCGUGCUUAUUUGCGCGCUUAGAGAUAGUAAUUUACCCAAGUUUUUGGCUGAUGAUGCUAUUUUAUUCCAAGGGAUCUUGACGGAUUUAUUCCCGGGGGUAGAACUUCCGGUACAAGAUUACGGCGAGUUUCAACAAACGAUUAUAGCUCAAAUGGUCGAACAUAAUCUCCAGCCUGAACAUUGUAUGAUCAAAAAAAUUAUACAGUUACAUGAAACGAUGAUUGUUCGUUGGGGAGUUAUGUUAGUUGGACCAACUGGUGGAGGAAAAUCGGCUAUAUUAAACGCUCUCAAUUGGGCUCUUACUACAAUGCAUGAUACAGGUCACGAAGGUCCAUAUUAUCAUCCAGUUCACACAUACAUAAUGAAUCCAAAAGCAGUAACAGCCGGUGAAUUAUACGGCGAAGUAAAUCCGUUUACUUUAGAAUGGAGAGAUGGUUUAAUGGGUAUUAUGGUAAGAACAGCCGUUCAAGACACCUCCGAAGAUCAUCAAUGGAUUAUUUGCGAUGGUCCCGUUGAUGCCGUUUGGAUCGAAAACUUAAACACCGUUCUCGAUGAUAACAAAAUGUUAUGUCUAGCCAAUUCUGAACGGAUUAAAUUAACGCCUUACGUUCAUUUUGUUUUUGAAGUUAUGGAUUUAUCGCAAGCCUCACCCGCAACGGUCAGUCGAUGCGGAAUGGUUUAUGUUGAUCCGGAGGAAAUGCGUUGGUUCCCUUACGUAAGAUCGUGGUCGCAAGAAUUAAGCGAAUCGAUAAUUUCACCGGAAAUGAAGGAUUAUUUGUUGGCUCUUUUUGAGAGAUACGUUGAUGGGGGAUUAACGUAUGUGAGAAAAUAUUGUUUAUUUGCGAUUCAUCAAGUUGAAAUUAGUAAAAUAAUGAUGCUCUGCGCUUUAAUAAAAAGCUUUUUAAUCGCACCCGGAGCUGUUGAUAGAAUCGCCGAAAAAGCGAAAAUAAGAAACUUUAUAUGCCAAACUUUUAUAUUCUCGUAUAUUUGGGCUGUGGGUGGUAAUUUAGUGCAACAAUCGAUGGAACGUUUAGAACAAUUUAUAAGAGAUCAAUUUGAGGAUAACCCCGACGCUAGAUUACCACAAGGAAAUGAUUUAUGGGAAGUUUACGUAGACGUUAAAGCCAAAAAAAUGGAACCGUGGAAUAAAAUUAUGCCCGAAUUUAAAUACGACAAAGAAAUACCAUUUUUUGAAAUGCUCGUACCAACCACCGAUACCGUGCGAUUUGGAUUCGUUAUGGAACAGUUGGUUACUGUUAAUUAUUCUGUUAUGUACACCGGCGAAACUGGUGUUGGAAAAAGUGUUGUUGCUAAAGUUGUUUUAAAUAAAAUGUCAGCGACUGGUUUGUACGUUCCGGGGAUAUUAAAUUUUUCCGCCCAAACAAGUAGCGCGCAAACGCAAGAAAUCUUGGAAUUAAAACUUGAAAGGAAGAAAAAGACUUUGUUGGGGGCUCCAGCUGGGAAAAAAAUUAUUAUUUUUGUUGAUGAUGUGAAUAUGCCUAAGUUGGAAACUUAUGGAGCUCAAGCACCGAUUGAACUUUUAAGACAAUUUUUAGAUUUUGGUGGUUUAUACGACCGCGAAAAACUUUUCUGGAAAGAGAUAAAAGAUGUGGUAAUUUGCGUGGGUUGCGCACCACCCGGUGGUGGUAGAAAUCCAUUAACACCGCGAUUUACCCGUCAUUUCGGGAUGUUAUUAAUCCCCCCGCCGAACGAAUACAGUCUAAAACAAAUUUUCAAGGCGAUUUUAAAAGGAUUUUUCAAAGACUUCGCGCAGCCGAUUCAAGAUCUCGCCGAUGCCAUGAUUAACGCCGCCGUAGAGAUUUACGCAAGAAUCGCUGUGGAUCUACUUCCGACUCCCGCUAAAUCCCAUUACGUUUUUAAUUUAAGAGACUUAUCGAAAUGUGUUCAAGGUGUUCUUCAAGCGGAUUCGGGAACUAUGCGCGAAGUUACUCAAAUUUUACGACUGUUUUAUCACGAGUGCUUAAGAGUCUUUCACGAUCGAUUAAUCAACAAAGAGGAUAAAAGUUAUUUUUAUUUUUUAAUGCGGGAAACUUGUGGGAAAUGUUUUGCGAAUCCCGUGCUUCAAUUGCCUACGGAUACUGACAUUAUUGAAACGCCACCGGUUUUAUUAUUUGGUGAUUUUAUUGUUAUGGGGGCCGAUAAAGAAAAUCGAUUUUAUGACGAAAUGAAAGACAUUGUUAAAUUGAAAAAUGUUUUAAAUGAUUACUUAGAUGAUUAUAAUUUAAUGAGCUCCAAACAAAUGGAUUUAAUCUUUUUUAUGGACGCAAUAGAACAUACUUGUAGAAUAGCCAGAAUUUUGCGUUCGGAAAGAGGUAAUGGCUUGAUGGUUGGAGUUGGUGGAAUGGGAAAACAAAGUUUAACCCGCCUAUCUUCGCACGUAAACGCUUAUAAAUGCUUUCAAAUUGAGUUGACGCGAAAUUACGAUCACUCUUCGUUCUUUGACGACUUAAGAAGGUUUUAUACUCACGCUGGGGUGCUAAAUGAAGACACAGUUUUCUUAUUUACCGAUACGCAAAUCGUUCAAGAAGGAUUUUUAGAAGAUGUUAAUAACAUUUUGAAUUCCGGCGACGUUCCUAAUUUAUUCGAAACGGAUGAAUUAGAAAAAGUUAUAAUCGGAUGCCGACCUGGCGCUAAAGAAGCAGGAAUUUCCGAAUCGAAUCGCGAUGCUAUUUAUACGUUCUUUAUAAGUAGAGUUCGAGCAAAUCUCCAUUUGGUGAUUUGUAUGAGUCCCGUUGGAGAUGCGUUCCGAAGACGAUGCAGAAUGUUUCCAUCGUUAGUAAAUUGCUGCACGAUUAAUUGGUUUGUAAAGUGGCCCGAAGAAGCUUUAUUAUCCGUCGCACAAAAUCAACUAAAAGAAAUUAUUCAUCCAGAUCUCGUCGAAAAUUUUUCCCAAAUAUGCGUGUUACUUCAUAAAAGUGUCGAAGAUAUGACAGAGCGAUUUUAUAACGAAGUUAGACGGCAUUAUUACACAACGCCAAGCAGUUACUUAGAACUCUUAAAACUCUACAAAAACAUGCUCGCGGAAAAAAAAGAAUCCAUCAUCAACCAACACGACCGCAUAGCCAAUGGAUUAAAAAAGCUUUACGAAACCAAUUCGGUUAUCGAUUCGAUGAAAGAAACCUUGCAGGUUUUAGAACCUCAAUUGGUUAAAAAAUCGGCAGCCGUCGCCGAAUUAAUGAAACAUUUAGCAACAGAACAAAAAUCGGCCGAUAAAGUCCGCGAUUAUGUAAAGGCCGACGAAGCAGUUGCUAAAGUACAAGCUGAAGAAACUCAAGCUUUAGCCGAUGAGGCUCAAAAGGAUUUAGCAACCGUUUUACCAGCCAUGGAAAUGGCAAGUAAAGCCCUUGACUCACUUAAUAAAUCAGAUAUUAAUGAAUUGAGGGUUUUCCAAAAACCACCGGAAAUGGUUAAAUUUGUUAUGGAAGCUGUUCUUAUUCUUUUAGGAUCAAAAACCGAUUGGAAUUCAGCUAAACAAGUAAUGGCCGAUGUAAACUUUUUGAAAAAACUCCAAGAAUACGAUAAGAAUCACAUGACAGAAGCAAUGUUAAAAAAGAUUAAACCGUACAUUGAAAAUAAAAAUUUCGUACCGGAAAUUAUAGAAAAAGUCUCAAAAGUAUGUAAGAGUAUGUGCCUUUGGGUUAGAGCAAUCGAUCAAUACGCCAAAGUUUAUAAAGUUGUUGAACCUAAACGAAAAAAAUUAGAAGCUGCGGAAACUGAAUUAAACCAAGUAAUGACACUGUUACGUGAGAAACAACAAAAAUUAGCCGACGUCGAAGCUUUCAUUCAAAAAUUACAAGACCAAUUCAAUCAAAGCAUAGCCGAAAAACAAGCAUUAGAAGAUGACAUGGCAUUAACGGCCGCCCGAUUAGUACGAGCAGGCCGACUAAACUUAGCGUUAGGAGACGAACAAAUUCGAUGGGAACAAAGCGUCGAGGAUGCCAAAAAUCAAUUAGUUUCGAUCGUCGGUGACAUUAUCUUAGCGGCUGCUUGUGUGGCUUACAUCGGCGCUUUCACCAAUAAUUAUCGCGUCGAAUUAACCGAUCUUUGGGUACGCCAAUGCGAAGAAUUAAAAAUUCCGCAUUCUCCCAAUUUCAGUUUAAUUAACGUUUUGGCCGACCCAUAUGAUAUAAGAACAUGGCAAACAUGCGGACUUCCCCGGGAUAACGUUUCAACGGAAAACGCCAUCAUGGUCACGAAAGCCGGACGUUGGCCGCUUAUGAUUGAUCCGCAAGAACAAGCGAAUAGAUGGAUUAAACAAAUGGAAACUCCCAAUGAGUUAAAAAUCGUUAAAUUAACGGAUUCUGGAUUUAUGCGAGCUUUGGAAAACGCGAUUAGAAUCGGACUUCCCGUUUUAUUACAGGAAGUUGGAGAAACUUUAGAUCCCACUUUAGGACCAGUACUUUUAAAACAAACUUUUGUUCAAAGUGGGAGGUUGCUAAUCCAUUUAGGGGAUUCCGACGUCGAUUACGACACAAAUUUCCGAUUUUAUGUAACAACGAAGUUGGCUAACCCACAUUAUUUACCGGAAGUUUGCAUCCAGGUGACGUUGGUUAAUUUUACAGUGACCCCAUCGGGAUUAGAAGAUCAAUUAUUAGCGGAUGUUGUGAGAUUGGAACGACCAGAAUUAGAACAACAACGCACAGAAUUAAUUGUUCGUAUAAACAAUGAUAAAAGUACGUUGAAAAACAUCGAAGUGAAAAUCUUGAGGCUUCUAUAUCAAUCGGAAGGAAACAUUUUGGAUGAUGAGGAAUUAAUCGACACGUUAAACGAGAGUAAAGAAACUUCCGAAGUUAUAGCGGCGAGAUUAAUCGAAGCUGAAACGACCGAAGAAAAAAUAACGAUAGCUCGCGAAAAAUAUCGAUCCGUUGCAACUCGUGGAUCAAUUUUAUACUUCGUAGUGGCCCAAUUGGGCGAUAUCGACCCCAUGUAUCAAUACUCAUUGAAAUACUUCAACACGAUAUUUAACACGGUCAUCGAAACCAGCCAGAAAAACGAUGAUUUAAACAUCCGCUUACAAACGCUUUACGCUGAAAUUACUUUAGCUGUUUAUACGAAUAUUUCACGCGGGUUAUUCGAGCGGCAUAAAUUAGUUUAUAGUUUUAUGUUGUGCGUGGCGAUUUAUCGCCAGAAUAAAACGAUAACUGAUAAGCAAUGGAAUUAUUUAUUGAGAGGCCCGGUUGGAGCGAAAAAAGAGUUACCACCAAAACCGAAUUAUCCUCAAGUAUCGGAUAACAUGUGGGUGGCGGUGAAUUAUUUAUACGCCGCUUUUGAUUUGUACAACGAACUACCGGAUGAGGUAACAAAUGUUAUACAUAUAAUGGUUGGGGAUUAUUCGUUGAGUAUUCAAGUGGUGCCCACUUUAAAUAAGGAUAGCCCAAUUAAUUGGGAAAAACGAUUAAACGACAUGGAAAAAUUAAUGUUAAUAAAAACUUUGUGUGAAGAAAAAUUGGUUUUUGCCAUUACUGAGUAUGUCAAGAAAAAUCUUGGGAAAGCUUUUAUAGAGAGUCCGGCUAUAUCUUUAAAUGUUUUAUACCACGAUAUAAACAACGUAAUCCCAUUAAUUUUCGUUUUGAGUACCGGUUCGGAUCCUUUCGGUGCUUUCCAACGAUUCGCCGCUGAAAUGGGAUUCACAGAUAGAAUUCGAGCAAUAUCUUUGGGUCAAGGCCAAGGACCUGUUGCUGAAAAAUUACUCGCAACUGGAAUUGAGAAAGGCGAUUGGGUUUUCUUGCAAAAUUGCCAUUUAGCAACAUCUUGGAUGCUUUCCAUGGAAAGAAUCAUAUUAAAAAUAGCCGAAAAUCCGGAUACAACCCAUAAAGAAUUUCGAUUGUAUUUAAGUUCGAUGCCGAGUAAAACAUUCCCGGUUUCAGUUCUACAAAAUUCCGUUAAAGUGACGAAUGAACCACCGAAAGGAUUAAGAGCUAAUUUAAGAAGAGCCUAUUUAGAUAUGACGGAUGAUCUGUUUCUUCAUCCGUUUUUAAAACGAAAAUGGAAAGCUAUGGUUUUUGGGCUUUGUAUGUUUCACGCUGUGAUUCAAGAACGAAAAAAAUUUGGUCCAUUAGGUUGGAACAUCGUUUACGAAUUUAACGAUAGCGAUAGAGAUUUCGCUUUUAACACGUUAAAAAUGUACUGCGCAACCCCACCGAUUCCUUGGGAUGCAUUAAUUUACAUAACCGGGGAAAUCACUUACGGCGGAAGAGUUACAGAUAAUUGGGAUUUAAGAUGUCUCAAAACGAUUUUAAGUGGAUUUUUCGCCCCGGCCGCCGUUAAAAAGAAAUAUGUUUACUCGAAAUCCGGAACAUAUUAUUGCCCCGUUGCCGAAAAUAUCGAGGAAUAUCGCGAGUUCAUUAACCAAUUACCCCUAAUAGAGGAACCAGAAAUUUUCGGGAUGCACGAAAAUGCCAACAUUGCUUUUCAAGUAAAAGAAACUCAAGCGAUUAUUAGGACUAUUAUGGAGAGUCAACCGAGAGCUGGCGGAAGUGGUGGUGGAAAAAGCAGCGAUGAAAUUGUUUUUGAAUUAUCUGAAAUGGUUUUGGAAACGAUUAUUAAAAAGAUUUCUAUGGAGGAACCAUUUCCAUCUUUAAUGAAGAAAGAUGAUCAAAAUAGAAUGCCUUCAUUAACGACUGUUCUUUUACAAGAAGUGGAUCGUUUUAAUAAAUUAUUAAAAUUAAUCGAUAACUCAAUGAUUAACCUCCAAAAAGCCAUUAAAGGAUUAGUCGUCAUGUCUGAACAAUUAGAAGAAGUUUUUAAUGCAUUUAUCAAUAAUUCCGUCCCCAAAUUAUGGUCAAGUCACUCAUAUCCGUCACUAAAAAGUUUAGGAAGCUGGGUACACGAUUUAGACAUGAGAACCGAUUUUAUUUGCGUUUGGAUCCGCAGCGGACAUCCAACUUCAUAUUGGAUUUCCGGUUUUUACUUUCCACAAGGUUUUCUAACAGGAACCUUACAAACGCACGCUAGAAAAUAUAAUUUGCCCAUCGAUCAGCUUCGAUUUGAAUUCAAUCCGUUAAAGAGAGUCGUUGAUCAAGAAGAUCUGCAUGAUGCUCAUGUUGCGGCCGAUGGUAAAGAAGUUCCAAAAGCAUAUGGUGAUUUGGUUUAUCCAAAGGAUGGUGUUAUCGUACAUGGAUUGUUUUUAGAUGCUGGGAGAUGGGAUAUGCGAACUAUGUGUUUGGUUGACCCCAAUCCAGGUGAAAUAAAUCCUCCACUUCCAGCAUUUAGAUUAGAACCAACUGUAUCAAAACUUUCCGAUGAUGAUAAAAGAUAUCUUUGCCCGCUUUAUAAAACUUCAAUAAGGGCUGGUGUGUUAUCUACAACCGGACAUAGCACAAACUUUGUUUUACCGUUUUUAUUACCGUCUCAAGAGGACAGCAGUUAUUGGAUUUUAAAAGGAACUGCUUUAUUAACGCAGAUAACCAAUUAAUUUUUAAUAAUCUUUUAUAAUGUUGUUAUAUUAAACCGAUUUUUACUUUUUUAAUUUGUAAAUAAAACGAUUUCAUU